UAUCUUUUUAUAUCUACAAGUUUUGAAUUCAGGCCACAUGCACUCAAGUUAAUGGAGCACUGGUCAUUCUUUGAUUCUUCUUUUUCUUCUUCUUCUUCUUCUUCUUCUUCUUCAUCUCGUCCUCCAGAUCCUUCUCCUUCACAUGUGUUCCUCAGCUUCAGAGGAGACGACAUAGGCAAUACUUUUGCAAGCCAUCUUCAAGCUGCGUUGACCAGGCAACGAAUUAAAACCUGUGUAGGCUACAAUCUCCAGAAAGGCCACGAAGUAUCUGCUUCACUGGUUAAAGCCAUUGAGGAAGCCAAGCUUUCUGUGGUGAUCUUCUCUGAGAACUAUGCAUCUUCGCGAGAGUGUUUGGACCAACUUGGGAAGAUGAUUGAGUGUAAGUUAAAACAUGGGCAGAUUACAGUGCCUGUUUUCUACCAUGUAGAUCCGUCUCAUGUGCAAAACCAGACUGGAUGUUUUGCUGAUGCGUUUGUCCGCCAUGAAAGAGAGCUUAAGGAUUCCUUGAGCAAGGUACAACGUUGGCGUGUUGCUUUGGCUUCUGCCGCCAAGACCUCUGGCUGGGAAUGUUCACCGAACAGGUUUGAGGCAGAAUUGGUAGAGAAGAUAGCUGAAGAUGUGUCGCAGAAACUAGAAGGCAUGCGCAUUGGUGGGUUGGAGGAGAAGAUCGCAAUCCUGAAGCAAACGGCACAGGCAAAGCUAGAGAGGACUCUAAAAACGGGGACUCCAAACGACAUGCAGGAUCUUACCAAAACGCUGCAAGAGCUUGGUGAUCUGAAACUAGAAAAGGCUCUGCGCACAGAUGAGGAAAAUGACUGGGAAGAACUCAAUACGACCAACCAACGCAUUUUGCAGUUGAAACAACAAAUGUUCAUUCGACAGUGUCAUCCAAAAGCCAUGGAGGAUUACAUGGCUACGCAACAUCGAGUUUCGCAGAUCUUAAAGGAGCAACAAAACCGUAGGCGUGGCUUGUAUCGUGGACUGUAACAUUGUUUUAUUUUAUUACUACUUCAAACUAGUUGGAUAGAUCCCUGAAUUUCAUUAAUUAAAUCUCAAAAUAAAGCUUAGAAGUAGAAUAA